ACCAAUGGUAGUGUUGAAGUGAUUCAGUCUGCAGUGACACCUGGAAAAUGUAUCAUGAGGAGGCAGCGCUGCUAACCAACACAAGACAGACCUGAGCUCAUACUGCCUCCCUGUCCAGCUACAGUUCUUUAAUGGUUGGAACUGCCCGCCCCAACCUACAUUACUGCCCUCGCAGACACAGCCUGAUGAUCACCGGUGCCAUGGGAGCGGUGCGAGUCAACAGAUACAGCAUCGUUUCCACAGAUGAAGAUGCCCUGAAGAUCUCCAGCCUGGGCCUCCACAACGGCCACAGCCCUCUGGCUCAGCAGACCCUGUCGGGGGCCUCCUGCAUGCGGGGUGAAGAAGAUGGUGAAGAGUGUCCGGGUAGUGAUGAGGGAAGAGGGGCUUUGUCUUUGAGAGUGGCUAAUGAACCCAUCAUGCACAAAAGCUGCCGUAAUUCUCCUUCCUGUCGUCUGGAUCUGGAUAUGAGCGUUGGCCGCCUGCGCAGUCGCUUUGUGAAAAAGAACGGUCAGUGCAAUGUGGUGUUCAACAACAUGGAGGAUAAGCAAAGACGAUACUUGGCCGAUAUUUUCACCACCUGUGUGGACAUACGUUGGCGCUACCUGCUGCUCAUUUUCACCAGUACCUUCCUUCUGUCUUGGUUGGUGUUCGGGUUCAUUUUCUGGGGAGUGGCGCUUGCUCAUGGAGACUUUAACAUUCCUAUUCCUGUAAAGGAAGGGGAUCCUCGAAGCAGCACGGAUGAGGAAAAAGACGAAUGGCGGCCAUGUAUUCUUCACAUCCAGGGUUUCAUUGGGGCAUUCCUCUUCUCCAUAGAGACGCAAACCACCAUUGGAUAUGGUUUUAGGUGUGUCACUGAGGAGUGCCCGAUUGCUGUGGUGACUGUGGUGGUCCAGUCCAUCGUGGGCUGCAUUAUUGACUCCUUCAUGAUCGGCACCAUCAUGGCAAAGAUGGUGCGACCCAAAAAACGGGCACAAACAUUGCUGUUCUCGCAUCAUGCGGUCAUCGCCAUGCGAGAUGGUAAACUGUGCCUGAUGUGGCGCCUGGGGAACAUGCGCAAGAGCCACAUUGUGGAAGCUCACGUUCGCGCUCAGCUAAUAAAGCCCCAUGUGACAGCAGAGGGUGAAUACCUCCCUAUGGAGCAAACAGACAUUGAUGUAGGCUAUGAUGAUGGGCUGGAUCGACUGUUUCUGGUGUCACCACUGGUGGUGGUCCAUGAGAUCAACAAGAACAGUCCUCUGUAUAACUUGAGCCGCAACGACCUGCAGAAGGAGGAAUUUGAGAUCGUGGUCAUCCUGGAGGGAAUGGUGGAGGCCACGGCUAUGACCACUCAGGCCCGUAGCUCCUACUUAGCCAAGGAGAUCCUGUGGGGUCACCGUUUUGAGCCUGUGGUCUUCGAGCAGGGGGACCGUUACCAUGUGGACUAUUCCCGCUUUCAUAAGACCUAUGAAGUGCCAUCUACGCCUCACUGCAGUGCCAGGGAAUUGAGCCAGAUGACUGGUCGAGGUGGGCAGUCCUCUUCUUCCAGCUCAAGUUUUUCCCAGUCUCCAUCACCGUUUGCCCCAAGGGCAGCUCGGCACCUACUUGGCCCUCACUCCCCCAGUGCUUUCUGCUACGAGAACGAGGUAGCGCUGUGCUGCGGGGAUGAUGAGGAUGAGGGGGCUGUAAAAGAGGAGCCAGCGAACAUGAUUGUAAGAUGUGACAGAGAGGUAAAGAUGAGAGAGGACAUUCAUUUGGGAUUCAAAGAGACAUUUGUAGAGGAGCAGACGGUGGAGAUGCUUUGUGUUCUGGACUCAGAGAAUCAGAUCAACCUUGACAGACUACAGCCCACCCUACCUUUAUACAUCAGCAGAGAGUCAGGAGUUUGA